AACAUAUUUCCACCCCUCCUUCCUGCUGUAGCACGGUCGCUUUAUCGCUGCCUCUUCUCUCUCGCCUCUCGCAGCCGCAGCCCUCUUCGUCCUCACGCAACGCAGCCUCUUCGUCCUCACGCGCCGUGAAGCCGCAGCCUCCUUCCUGCUGCCGCGAGCCUUCCCCACUCAAGGCGUUCCCUCGUGAAGCUCCUUAAUAAGAUAGCCUGAUUUUGUUGUCGUUGAAGUAGUUGGGUCGAUUGAGACAGAGAAGAACAACUCAGAGGAUCGCUUUCCCCUCCCCUGCUCCUCCUGCUCCAUCUGCUAUUUUUCAUCUUCUCUCAUACUCCCUUACCUGAAGCCAAGAUUUGCAACUUUUUGUGGCUUCUUAUGCUUGUUGGGCCAAGGAGCACAAUAUAUACGCGCGAGGAGCGUCCGGAGACUGCGAAGGGGGAAACCGAACGUCCAAGUUUUCUUCCUACUGCAGCAACUGCUUCAGAACUCUAAGUAAGCAAGAUGUCUAGGCGCUAUGACAGUCGAACGACCAUCUUUUCUCCUGAAGGCCGGCUUUACCAAGUUGAGUAUGCAAUGGAGGCUAUAGGAAAUGCUGGAACCGCUAUUGGGGUCCUGGCCAAGGAUGGAGUUGUGCUGGUUGGGGAGAAAAAGGUUACAUCAAAGCUGCUGCAGGCAUCAAAGUCCACAGAGAAAAUGUAUAAGAUUGAUGACCAUUUGGCAUGUGCUGUGGCAGGGAUCAUGUCUGAUGCUAACAUCCUAAUUAACACUGCUCGAAUUCAAGCUCAACGUUACGCUUAUGCUUACCAGGAACCCAUGCCUGUUGAACAACUGGUGCAAUCUUUGUGCGAUACGAAGCAGGGAUACACACAAUUUGGUGGGCUUCGUCCAUUUGGUGUGUCAUUCUUGUUUGCUGGUUGGGACAAAAAUUUUGGGUUUCAAUUGUACAUGAGCGACCCAAGUGGAAACUAUGGAGGAUGGAAGGCUGCUGCAAUAGGAGCAAAUAAUCCAGCUGCACAGUCCAUGCUUAAGCAAGAAUACAAGGAUGAUAUCACAAGAGAAGAGGCAGUACAGUUGGUAUUGAAAGUGCUGAGCAAGACUAUGGACAGCACAAGCUUAACCUCUGACAAGCUUGAACUGGCUGAGAUCCUUUUAGCCCCUACAGGUGAAGUCAAAUACCAAGUGUGUUCACCAGACUCAGUCAACAAGUUAUUGGUAAAAUUUGGAGUCACCCAGCAAACUCCUGAGACCUCUUGAACCUUAAGUUCCUCUAUACUCUGGGGGUCUAUUAGACAAUGGCCGUUUUAUAAUGUUGAUGUGCAUCUUUUUACCAUUUCGGCUCAAAUGCCUAUUAAGCACUCUUCCCUGUUUUACUCAAUGUUUUGUUGAAGAUCAUUUGAGCUUAGUAGCUGUAGCUCUCUAUUUUGUCUGUGAUUCUCAGUAGUUUUUUAUUCAUCAAUAGUUUAUCCUGGACUA